GUUUAUCUGGAGUACGGAGGGGAGGGGGGAGCCUGGAAACCGCCCCGUGUCCCAUUUCCUCCUCUUGUUUUCGCUCCGGAUUCUCCAUGUUGGACCCAAACUGAGGAGCCCGGAGCUGCCGCCGGGGGAUCGGGGCCGGGGGCACCCGGUGGAGCUGCUGCCCCGGCCGCCCGCUCUCGGUAUAGGCUGCCUCCCUUCCCAGCCCAGGGAGGAAACGAGAGCAGGGAUGUGAACAGCUGUGGGAGUCCGAGUCUCUGGAGCCGGAGCCGGAGCGGGCCCCCGCCCAGGCCCCCCAGCCCAGCCCAGCCUGCGCGCCUGCCCGUCCUCCCGCCCAGCCAGCCCGGGCCCGCGGGAUUGUUAGAUGGAACACGGCUCCAUCAUCACCCAGGCGCGGAGGGAAGACGCCCUGGUGCUCACCAAGCAAGGCCUGGUCUCCAAGUCCUCUCCUAAGAAGCCUCGUGGACGUAACAUCUUCAAGGCCCUUUUCUGCUGUUUUCGUGCCCAGCAUGUUGGCCAAUCAAGCUCCUCCACUGAGCUCUCCGCAUACAAGGAGGAAGCCAACACCAUUGCUAAGUCUGACCUGCUCCAGUGUCUCCAGUAUCAGUUUUAUCAGAUCCCGGGGACUUGCCUGCUCCCAGAGGUGACAGAAGAAGAUCAAGGAAGGAUCUGCGUGGUCAUUGACCUGGAUGAAACCCUUGUGCAUAGCUCUUUUAAGCCAAUCAACAACGCCGACUUCAUAGUGCCUGUAGAGAUUGAGGGGACCACUCACCAGGUGUAUGUACUCAAGAGGCCUUAUGUGGAUGAGUUCCUGAGACGGAUGGGGGAACUGUUUGAAUGUGUUCUCUUCACUGCCAGCCUGGCCAAGUACGCCGACCCUGUGACGGAUCUGCUGGACAGGUGUGGGGUGUUUCGGGCCCGCCUGUUCCGCGAGUCCUGUGUGUUCCACCAGGGCUGCUAUGUCAAGGACCUCAGCCGCCUGGGCAGGGACCUAAGGAAAACCCUCAUCCUGGACAACUCGCCUGCUUCUUACAUCUUCCAUCCAGAGAAUGCAGUGCCUGUACAGUCUUGGUUUGAUGACAUGGCAGACACCGAGUUGCUGAACCUGAUCCCAAUCUUUGAGGAGCUGAGCGGAGCAGAGGAUGUCUACACCAGCCUUGGGCAGCUGCGGGCCCCUUAGCCUUCCCUGCUUCCAAGCAACAGCCAUCCCAGUAGGGGACUUGCCUACACUGUGCCUUUACGAUCAGCCUGACAGACGGAGCAGAAGCUGGAACGUCACACCAAACGGGGCCUGGAAACAGAAGUGAUGGGGAAGAGCUUUAGGACAGGCUAGAUGCUGAGCGGGCAGUUGUUAAACCAACGAUACCCCGAGCCGCCUGCUCCCGAAGUUGGGUUCCCGAGAUGUGAGAGAGAGAGAGAGAGAGUAUGUGUGUGUCUGUAUGUGUGUGUCCGUGUCUGUGUGUCCGUGUCCGUGUGGCCUUGAACUGUGGCCCCAGGAUAUGAGUGUUUCAGGUUGGCGAAGAAGUUGAAAGGUCAAAACUCACCCCAAGUUAGUCCGUCUCCUCUCCAGCCACCCUGAGAACCACUGAGCUCUGCAGGGAUGAAGACUACUCACGGCUCUGUUGCCAAACCCAUGGCCUUUCCUCAGUGUUGUAAGCCUUGUGCCAAGGAGAAAGGAAGGGUCAGAGGUUGCCUUCGGGUGCCCCAGACACACUCCUUUCUGAAACCUUUCUCCAGCCAGCUGCUACAGAUAGACAACAUGUCUGGAAGAUGAAAUCCUGUUUCCAGAACUGGUAUCCCCAGUGGCCAUCAAGUCCUCAGCCCAAGGGCUGCACUUGCCUCCAGCCGAGUGCCUGUCACGGGCUCCAGGCCUGCCUUCCUCACCACCUAGCCAUAGUCUUGAACCCAUGGGGAAGGAGGUCUUCUCCCUGCCGUGGAAGAAAGCAGAUAACUUGAUUUCCAUUCUUUUGACUCUGUUUUAAAAUUCUCUUUCUAAACAUGGAGUGUUGGGCCUGUUUUGUUUCUGACAAAGCUUCAGUCCUGGGCUUAAGGUGAACAUGGGAGGCCCUGGGGAUACAGGGAAGAGGAAAACCCUAAAAGCCAUGAAUGUGUGUGUCCCCUUGACUUGUAUGUAGAUCAGCUGAGCUUGGGACUGUCCAUAGUCUGCUCUUCAGGGAUUCUCUGUUGGUGCUGAUGCAAGGACUUUUGUUCCAAAGUCCAGGAAGGGCGCACCCUACCUGCCCCUCCUGUUUCUUGGGCAGGGCCCUUUCCUGUGUGUCUCCCCCCGGGACCUGGCCUGUGCCAAGCGCUCUCUGCUUCACCUUCAUCCUUCUUGGCUGUCGCUUUUUCUCUCCAGGGCCUCAGAGGCACUCCUGCUUUUCCUGGGCUGAGGGGGAGUGGGUAUUCUUAUCAUUACUUUGCCAUCUAACACACAUGCCUCCUGCCUCUGGUAACAGGUAUGAUGAACGCUUCAUACACCUGUGCUUUGUGUGUUGUCUCUUGCUUUCAGUUUCUUAACAAUGAAUGCUUUAAAAAGUAGUCAUAAAAUCAAAGUUUGCCUAGGAUAGAAAACAAAAGGGGAAGUGCUGCUGUAAUUGGGAGCACAAGGGGCCCCCCCUAAAGGGGGCCCCACCUCAGCAUCACUGCCUUAAUCAUGGCUUCCCCGGGGCUGGGUGGGGUUCUCUCUCUUCCCUUCCUCCCUCCUUGCCCCCCUUCCCCUGGACCAGAGGGAGUUCCUAUCCCAUCUUCUCUUUUCCCUGGAGGCAGAUGUCACAAAGCAUUUGUACAUCACUUCAGGUGUGAGGACACCUCCCACUCAGGAGUCAUCUCCAUUAUCCUUUUCAAUUUCCUCACACUAGGCCCGUCCUGAGGAACUAACCAUUUUCAAGAAAACCAGGUUGGGGAGCAUCAGCUCGGUGUUCUGGGUGGUAGCUGGCUGACUGGCAUCUUUCUCUGGCAUCGUGGGGCCACGUCCCUGCUUUGUCCAAGGUUGUAAGGCCUUGUCUGUCUUUUUUGGUGUCACACAAAUGGGACAGAGUCCCCAAAGCCCACAUGGUCAUUUCCCCCAGCAUCCUUCCCUGGUGCCCGCGGGGUCCUGCUGCAGUUGAGGGAAGCGGGCUCUGGUGCUAGCCAGGAAUGGCUCCUGAAGGGAAAAUGGGAGCUUCCGAUCCCAAGGCCCAGCCUAAGGGUUGGCCCCUGGGCCAAAUCUGCUAUCCGGGCCCAGCCAAGCUUUUCUGCCUCAGCAAUAGAGGCUCUUAAGCUGACCCAGUUCUUAGGCCUCUGCCCUCACUUGGGUCUCCGUGUUCCUCCGGGUGAAGGAAAAGCCUGUGCCAGCCCCUUCCCUAUCGACUGUCCAAGGCUCUAAAUGACUUGUGACCAGAGCCCAGGAUAGCUUGGUGGGGUGUCCCUGCAGCCUCUGCAUGAAGCCCCUGCUCUACAGGCCUCACUCCCUGCAGAACCCUGCCCUGCCCACCUGCAGUUCCUCAACAGAAAGGCCAUUCCCACUUCCCCUAGAGAAGCAAGGAGGCCAAACCUAAACCAUCCACCCACGCAGACCAGAGCCAGCCUCAACCGCUGCCUGGAUUCUGGCUUCCAUGUAUUAGGGGCAAGUGAUAACUGCUCCUGCAAGGAGUCAGGCCAGACUUAGUUUGGGAGCAGGGUGAGAUUGGGAGGGAGCCACUUCACCCCAGGAUCUGUUCUAGGGCUCCCCGCCAGCCCUUUUCCUUUAGAGGCUGGUCUUUGGGAGGCAAUAGGCCCCCGUGCCUGGUCAGCACCAAUUCAAGCCAUGCCAGGAAUCUGCCCACCUGCCAGGUUCAGUUCUUUAAGGUGCCUCUUCAGGGACACAGUGUGUCUCUCUGAUUAGGCUUCUAAAUCAAAAGCCUGAUGUUCGUGUCCCUCUCAUAGGGGGAGCUUUGGACACAGGACCAGUUUGGAAAGGGUCAGGUAAGAGUUCCCACUCUGCACAUUGUAGAGGGGACACUCUGUAGGCCCACGGGUCCCUUACUCCAGAGAGGUUGAGUCAAUUUGCCUUCAGUUAACCUGGGACCUCCCGUUUAGUUCUUGCCUCCCAAAGAUUUUGACCAUUUUGUAAGUGUAUAAACGCACCUCUGUGAACAGUGGCCCAGAAGCUUCUUUGUGCUGAAAAGCAUGGGAAAUCUAAAGGCUUCCAUUCCCUGUGAAAUGGAGGCCGUUCUCUUCUGCCCCUGCCCUGUUCCUGAGGCUUCAGUCAGGAGGGCAGCCCCCUUGUAAGGCUGUCCUGUGGCCCAUGUCUCAGCCAGGCCAAGUAUCUGAGGAAGGUAAGCCUGUCUUCCUCUUUAGGUCUUCAGUUGGUUACAUGACCACUGUUGGCCCUCAGUCACUUUGUAAAAUGCGGUUUUCCUUUGCCUUUUUUUUUUUUUUUUAAUGGUAAAUACUUGCAUUCAAGCAGGGGAGGGAAGGCAGAGGUCUGGCUCGCUGCCCCAUUCCUUUAAUGCUGUCGGGCCUGCCCCUGGAGCAGACCCUCUUGGGGCCCCAUGAGCUUCUUUGCUUGUAGUUAUCCCAAGUCUGACAUGUUCCAUGUCGUGCCACUUUCCAAGAGACCGUUUGGAGGGUUAGGGAUCUGCUUCCCACUGUAACUGGGCUAUGGGGUUCUGACUACCUUGCUUACAGAUUCAUGGUUUGAUAAAUUUGUUGUAUUCAAAAACUUGAAAUGUAGGACGCCAUUAAGUGUCUGUUUAUAUUUUUGGAAUAUUUGUAUUACUUACAAUUAAUAAAGCGGGUUUAAAAAAACCCAUCCAGGAAUGG